GAUUUUGUCAUCGAAGAUAAGAUUAAAGAUUUUUAUCGAAAUUAAAUUUGUUUAAUUUUCGAUGUCGUGUCGUCGAGGUUGUUGGAUAAAACCAUACAAGGUAUUAAAAAGAAGCAAGAAGCAAGUGGAAGUAUGAAUGUCUCAAAAGAAGAAAAACAGAAAUUUCGGGACGAAAUAAGAAGGCAAGUUAAACGUGGUGAAAACAAAGAAGAUCGUUGGAAGAAGACAAUUCUUUGGCGUGCUUUUCAGUUUAGUGCAGUAGAUCAAGAAAUUGUGAAAUAUUUAGUUUCCAAUGGAGCAGACGUUUAUUCCAAGAACGAAGAUGGUGAAACAGUUCUUUGUAUUGCGACGAGAAAUGGUUUAUUUGAUCUUGUUAAGUAUUUUGUUCAACAUGGCGCUGAACAUAAUUUUCAAGACGAUUGCAAAGUUCUUCAGAGUGCAAUACAUUCUCGAUCAUUAGAAAUUGUGAAAUAUUUUGUUGAAGAUUGUGGUGCUGAUGUAAAUUGCAAAGAUGAGUCGGGCAAAACUGCUUUACAUCAUGCUGUUGAUGCUGGUGAAACAGACAUUGUCAAAUAUUUUGUUGAACAAUGUGGCGCUGAUGUAAAUGGCAAGGAUACUGACGGAUGGACAGUACUGCACGAUGCUGUUACUAAAGGUAGGCUAGAAAUGGUAAAAUUUCUUGUUCCAAUGGGUGCAAAUGUAAAUGGAAAAAAGAUCGACGGAUGGACAGUGCUACAUGAUGCUGUUGCUGAAGGUACGUUAGAAAUGGUAAGGUAUCUUGUUGAAAACGGCGCUGAUGUAAAAAGUGAGAGUACAGACGGGUGGACGGUGCUGCACUAUGCUGUUUCUUACAGUUCAUUACGAAUAGUUAUAUAUCUGGUUGAAAUGGGCGCUGAUGUAAAUGUAAAAAAGACUGAUGGCUGGACAGUGCUGGUUCAUGCUGUUACUGAAGGUACGCUAGAAAUGGUGAAAUAUCUUGUUGAACAUGGCGCUGAUGUAAAUGGCAAGGACAAUGACGGGUGGACCGUGCUGCAUCAUGCUGUGACUGAAGGUACUCUAAAUAUAAUAAAAUAUCUUGUUCAGAAAGGCGCUGAUGUAAAUGGAACGAAUACUGACGGUUGGACAGUGCUGCACGAUGCUGUUACUGAAGGUACGCUAGAAAUGGUAAAAUAUCUUGUUAAAAACGGCGCUGAUGUAAAUGGAAAGAGUACUAACGGGUGGACAGUGUUGCGGAGUGCUUUUGCUAAAAACAGGCUAGAAAUAUCCAAAUAUCUCGUUCAAAGCGGAGCUGACAUAAAUGGCAAGGAUACUGAAGGGGGGAGAGUACUGAACAGCGCUGAAAAGGGCGCUGAUGUAAAUGGUAAAAAUAAUGAAGAAGAGACUGUGCUGUACUCUGCAUUUACAGAAGGUAGGCUUAAAGAGGUAAAACAUCUUGUUGAAACGAGCACUGAUGUGCAUGGCAAGAAUACUGAUGAGUGGGAGAACUUAAGAAAUGCUGUUACUAAAGGUACGCUAAAAAUGUUAAAACAUCUUGUGACAAAGUGCGCUGAUCUAAAUGGAAGGGAUACUGACGGUCGGACAAUGCUGCAUUAUGCUGUCGAUGCUGGUAGAUUAGAAAUUAUCAAGUAUUUAGUUAAAGAAGGUGCUGACAUAACUGUUAAAAGUAAAAUCAGCGUUCAUACUCUUGGAAUUGACAUCCUGAAGAUGGCUGUUGUGAGAAAUUCAGUUGCUUUGAUCAAUCUUCUGUUGGAAAAGAACAUCGCUGUGUGGAGAGCUGGAACAUUUCUUGUUGAAGGAAGGCAAAUGAGUCUUCUUGAAUGGAGUAUUCACCUUGGUCAUGAUGAAAUUGCAACUAUACUCAAAAAGUCCGUAAAUCAUUGCGAGAAACUGGAAUUACUGAAUAAAACGAAGUGCAACCAGUUAGAAAAGGUUGAAACACCGAUGCGAGCUUUUGUCGCAAAGAAUCAAUUCAAAAUUGGCGAUGGUGGUUUUUCUUGUGUCUAUGUUGGUCUCAUGAAGGAUGGAAGUGAAGUUGCUGUUAAGAGAAUUUUGGUGCAAAGUGAGGAUGAAACAGUUGAAAACGAAAAGGAAGUCAUGAGUCUUAUUGGAAAAAACUCACCAUUAAUAGUGAGCUAUCGACAUUUUCACCGUGACGAUAACUUCAUGUAUCUUAUUGUUGAUCUUUGCGAAGAAACCUUGAGGGAACUUGUUCAAGCAUGCAGUAUUGAACAUCUACAAGAGCAAGGGAUUCGAAUGAUUAGGGAAAUUCUAUCCGGACUAGAAUUUCUUCAUGGUAAAGGAAUAUUGCACAGAGAUCUAAAACCAUCAAACGUCCUGGUUGAUAUCGAGGGUCGCAUGAAAUUAGCAGACUUUGGAAUAAGCCGCGUUCUAAAAGACGAUGACACGACAGUUGCAACAUACGCAAAAGGUACUCCUGGAUGGAUGCCGCCGGAAGUAAUUGAAGCAAUAGACAAGGACGAAAAAAGUCGUUUCAAAAAGAAAUCAGAUGUCCAUGUCGCGGGUAUGAUUGCUUUCUUCAUCUUAACUAAAGGUGAACAUCCUUUCGGUUCUUCGUUUGAUCGAAUGAGAAAUAUUUUGGAAGAUAAUCCUGUUAAUUUGGAGAAACUUAACGAUGAUAAAGCUCGAACGUUCGUGUCGUGGCUGACUAAAUACAAGAUUGAUGAUAGACCUUAUGCUGACGAAGCAUUGGAGGAUUCAUUCGUUAUUAAUAGAAACUAAUACAAUCGAGAUAAGAAAUUUGCACAAAAUAAAAUGCUGCCGGUACCAUGGAAAGUCAGCAGUGUGCGUGAUAAUCCGUGUGUAUUAACGCUGGCAUAAACAGACCGACAAUCGUUCAAGACAAAUUAUUUGCGAAGUUUGUAUGAAAUACGCAAACCAUUCUUAGUCUAAGUUUUUCCAGUCGGAUAGCUAUCUUCAUUAUGAGUCUAUUAUUUUACCCUUCCUAGCGUUAGCUAGGAAGUAUGUUCUUAAGGUCUAUAUCUACACGAUGCUAUUAGCCGUAUGCGAUUCAUAUCCUGGCGUAUGUAUUCGAAUAAAUCAGCGUUAAGACUCUCGUAGAUGCUAAGAAGGGUAUAAAACUUUAAAUGGCCCAAACUUUAAAUAAAAUAUCUUGUAAAGCACGUGAAUUAAAAAGUCAGUUCUAAGGGCACUUAAAAAGUACUUGAGAAUAGAAAACGUGAUAAAGAGGUUUGAAAAUAGCUUCAAGAAUAGAGCAUCAUUUUAUAAUUUCCGGCGAGACAAAAAGUCCUUGAAAUUUUCCAAUUUAGUGCUUAAAUUUGACUAUUGAG